CGAGCGACAGCUGAUUUUCCUUUUGUGUUUCACACCAUGCAAUUACAGAAAUGUCAUAUUGAAUUUAUUGUUGUAUUAAGAUAAAAUUUCAUGAAAUGUUAGAAUAACUCGGCCGAUAAAUUUAGCAAUUUGGUCUUGCAUGAGUUAUGUUGGUGGUGGUGGAACGUGCUGUGACCAGCGCAGGCGCUGUCGCAAGCGGCGUCUGCGCAGUUACAGGUUGCCUUGUGAAAUGGUCGUACCGGAAUCUAUAUUAAAUCCUGCUCCACCCCGAUGGGUUUUGUUCGGCAGAAAAAAUCUUACGGUACAGGAGUAAAAUCUAUAAAUGGAUCAUUGUCCAACAUUAGUGACAUGUUUAAAGAUAUCACUAUUAUGACAUACUUGCUAUGGAGUGUGAGUUGUAGAUAGAUAUUCUGAUGCGUUAAAUAAUACGUCAUUAGGGAUAGGUUUCAAUUAGAAAAUAAUGGAAUUAAUAAAUAUAUUGGUGAUUAUACUAGUGGUUUGUGUGCUCGAGUGUUCUACUAUGUCUCAAGAUGAAAUUGAAGAAUUCACCGACUAUCUCCAAAAAACUUCGCAGUUAGACCAAACUUUGAAAAAAGGUGCGGAUCCUGAUGACGACCUCGACGAGGAUGAACCAGCAUCAGAUCAUGCGUGGGAAGAAAGCGGGAAAUUUGAAGGAGAUCUUAUCCUUAAUGAAAAGCAGAGACGUUUGAUAGUAGAAGACGUCGCUGAAGGACUUUCUAGGAACGGCCUUCGGGACAGUACUAAGAGAUGGCCUGAUAACGAAGUCAUUUAUUAUAUCCAAAAGGAACAUUUCUCUUCUGACCAAGUGGAUGCCAUACAAAAUGGGAUAGAUGACAUUGCUCGGGCAUCUUGCGUUAAGUUUCGACCUUAUAAGAGAGGAGACAGAGAUGCUGUAGUUAUACAGGGCAGCAGGCGUGGUUGUUUCUCACAAGUGGGAUACCAAGGUGGAUACCAAGUAUUAAAUCUCUCAGGCCGGCAUCCAGUAGGUCGGGGAUGCUUCCGACAUGGAACUGUGGUGCAUGAACUAUUACAUACACUUGGAUUUUAUCAUAUGCAGAGCAGUCCGGAUAGAGAUGACUAUAUUGAUGUUAUUUGGGAGAAUAUUGUACAACCUGCAAGACACAACUUUCGCAAGUACAAUACGUUUGCUGUCUCUGACUUUGGUGUGGGUUACGAUUACGAUAGCGUCCUUCAUUACAGUCGGCGAGCAUUUUCCGCUAAUGGACAGGAUACGAUUGUGCCUAAAAUGAGUGGAGCGGACAUUGGACAACGAAUUGGUCUUUCCGAUAAAGAUACCCAAAAAUUAAAUAAAAUGUACUGUGACGCAGAUUCAAAUAAUUUUGAUGCAGAAGAAGAGACCACGAAAAAGCCCGUGCCAAAAAAGAAGACUCCUAAAAAUAAACCUUUCGAAGGUCAUGGAAUUGGAUAUCAUCAAGGUAAAACAGUGGUCAUAAAAUUGCUACCUUCAGCAGAAACGUAUCAGUUGCCUGAUAUUCCAGAAUUUCAUUUAUUUGAUUAUUUUAGUAAAACGCCGGAAGCCGUGCCAACGUCGCAAAGUGAAGACUGGGGAAAACAAUUAAAAUAUAAUAUAUAUAAACCACUAGCAUCAAUAAGUGGAGAGUACUACAGUAGUCGUGGUAAGAUGAAACUACAAGAUCAUAUUAAUGAGAAUCCACAAGAAGAAAAUAAUUACAAUAGUUAUGAAGGUAGAACAGCUAAAAACCCAAAUUUAAUGUAUAAAGGAACCGAAAAAAGUCUAGCGGAAGAAAACUCUCAUUUGGGCUCUACUUUUGAAGAUAAAAAUCUAAAUAACUCACAGGAAUCAACAUCCGAAGAAGACAAUCAAAAUAAUUCUGAGGAAAUACGACCUGAAGUUAAAAAUAAACAAGAUAGCUCUUCUGAUAAAUUAGAUGACGAUCUGAAUGAUGCUUUUCAAAGACUUGGAAAAAUAAUAAAAACUCAUGUAUAUCCAUCUCAAACACCAGAUUUAAAUGUGUAUAGACUUAAUACAGAUUAUAAAGAAUUCUAUAGUCCUGAGGACACGUCCCGAAAAAUAUCUGAUAAAAUAAAAAAAUUAAAAGGUCCCAAUUAUAAUUUUUCCUUAUUACCUAAAGAAAUAAAAGAAAAAUAUAUAAAUCAGGAAAACGUUAAUUCAACUGCCUUAUUUUUAAAGGAUUUAUACAGUUCUAAGAAACAAAACGAUAAAAAAGAGUCUGACAUAUUAGAAGAAAAUCAACAAGAAACCCUAAAGUCAACAGAGGACGAUGAACCAACAUCAAAUAAUGAAAUGGAUUCAACAUAUAGAACAUCAUUUCCAUUAAAACAUGAAUAUUAUGCUAAAAAGAAAUAUAACACCCCAGGUUAUGCAUCAUUGGCUAAUAUUCUACCUAAGAAUAACUAUAGUAGUUUAUAUUCUCCUACAGAUAAAGUGUCCGAUAAUGAUACAAAAAUACAUUAUAAAGUAUUAGGAAAACUUGUACCAAUAUAUAAUAAAUGGUAUAUCAAAGAUGAAUAUAAACAUAAUCCAGUUAAUUAUGAUCAAAACAUUUAUAGCGAUGAUUUGCAAGAUAAAAGUGUUAGUCCGUUUUCUGCAAGAAAGUCGCAAAAAAUAUAUUCUCCAAAUGCUGAGGAAGUAUACUCCCCAACGGCAUAUUUAUUGUUUGGGGUGCCCGUUCCUUUAACCCGACAUUGGUACAGAAUAGAUGACGCUGGCAUUCCGCCAUACAAUACAUUCGAUACAAGUAAAACAAUCGGUUCGAAGAAAACAAGUGAAAACAAUAGGUGAAAAGAAUGAUGGUGUGUAAUACAAAUAUUUUUACAGUACAAAAUUGAAUUUUAAUACGUAUAUAAUUUUAAUAUGGUUUAGAGACUUGAUUUAAAAUUUCUUAAAUUAAAUAAAUACUAGCUCUUUGGUCUUGACAGUGUUCAUGAGACCAAGAUAAAAGUAAUUUAUUUACGUAGUACUCUGUGUUGUGUUUUUAUAUAAUAUAUCACAAUGCAGAUGUAGCAGCUCAAUUUCGUGUUCGGGAUAGAAAGUACAAAUUCAUCUACAGAAGAAUAAAAAAAUUGGGCUGUUCUAAAACAGCCCAAUUUUUUAAGCGAAGCGUUUGUAGUGAGAAUCUUUUUGCUGAAUGCUAAGUUUCUUACUUCCUUGAGAAAUAGGAACCUUAUAGAAUAUUUAAGAUUAAUACUUAGGUUCAGUAAUUCGCAUUUUUUUUAUAAUGUACAUAUACUAAGAGAUAAAUUUAUUAGAAUUAAAGUAAUAUUUCAAUUAUUA